UCCACUAAUGUCGGCCAUUUGUGUUAAAUUGAUGACUUAUCCAUGGAUGUGGCUAUUCAUGAAAAAUCCUACCGAGGGUGCACAAUGUGCCAUACGCUUGGCUACGGACCCACAACUGAAGCAUGUAACUGGCGAAUAUUUUAAUGAUUGUGAAAUAGCAGCAUCCUCCGAACCAGGCAAGGACAUGGAAUUGGCGAAAAAAUUAUAUAUGCAGACCAUGCAAGUUCUCGAGAAAAUAACCAAACUGCAAGUUUCAAAGGAGCUGGAUGCAGUGGAAGCUGACGCAGAACUAUUAUAGAAGUCGUGCGAUUCUGUAAACCGAAAGCCAAAUGCGGGCUAAGUGAAUUGAGUUAAUAUAUUUUUCAUAAAUCCUUCAUGCAUUUUUUAUAUCAUAUUUAUUAGGUUUAAGUCAAAAUUUACUAAAGUAAAUAAAAAUUUGAAUAUGACAUAAAUUUUAAGUUACUCAGACAGUUGCGCAAAGAACACAAACUAUAAAGUUUAAAAAUUUAU